GUAUAUAUCUGAGAAAUGUCACAGCGAAGUCACGAGUUUGUGAAUCAGGAAACAUCACGGGGCUACAGGCUACUUUGUCUAGACUUGCCCCGUCUUCCACAGUUUCACUUUCGGAGAAAUGCCUUCAGUCUGAGCUACUUGGGGCUUUCUGGGACAGAACAGUUCUUCUGUUCCAAACAGUCCCUCCCUGUUUUGUUCUGAAACUCGCACUAAGGUUUUUCCUCCUUCAGCGCCGGUCAGUUUGAAUGUGAGACUUCGACUUACACACCUGCUGACUCGCUGAUAAAAAUUCAUAUUUGCUGCCCAUGUUUGGCUCAAUGACGUCAAAUCUACCAUCUACUUGUUUGAAUAUGUUUACCUGUAUGACUACUUCAAACAGCGUCUCACGCGUCCACUGGGAAUCGGCGUCCGACAAACAGAAACUGUUCUAAUUUUAACGUACACGUUUAACAAACUCUUGAAAGUACUAAACACUGCUAUAUCAGAGUAAAGCAGCGGCGCUAGCGAGGGUCGCGGGUGCUAGUUCUCUCAUGAUGACUCAGCUAACAGUCCACGCUACUAACGCCCAAUAUCCAAACUGCGAUUCUCAACCAGGACAGUUCAGUUGCUCAGCUGCCCAUCGCACAUUGUCCAUGCAGUUAACUUACUAAAAGUACUUACUAAACCUACUGAGAAGCUCAGGCAGUGUGUCAGGAGGAUUUACUCCCUUGGACUGCAACCGUUGAGUACGAACAGAAUUCAUACGACUGCAUUACUGAAGUUUGGGCUGGCAUCCCUUCAGAAGAAAGGCUUUCCAAUGUUACUUGACGCAUCUGCUGUACUCAGCGCAGUUAGCAUAUGGAUAUGUGGCAUGGAGGACCCGCAACUGUGUGAAUGUCCAAUCCUGACUCCUGCUCACACGUCACAGAAGAUAUAAAUGUUACCCACUCAACUCCACUGAGCGCAACAGCUGUCGUCCGCCUCCGACUGGACAGUAACUUGAUCUGUGAGGUGCGGCUGGUCUUUCCAGCAGACUAAGGCCUGAACAACAUACAUCCUAGAAAUAUUUUAGUUCACUUUCUCAGAGUCUCAUAAUGGCAACGUCCGUGAAGUUGAAUACCGGGGCAAACAUGCCGAUUGUGGGUCUUGGAACGUGGAAGUCUCCACCAGGGAAAGUGACCGAGGCGGUGAAGACAGCCAUCGCAGCAGGGUACCGGCACAUCGAUGGGGCCCUCGUCUACCAGAACGAGCCCGAAGUGGGGGAUGGUGUCCAAGCCAUGAUCAAAGAAGGCGUGGUGACCAGAGGGGACCUGUUUAUCGUCAGCAAGCUAUGGUGCACAUUCCAUGACAAAUCCAUGGUGAAAGCUGCCUGUCAGAAGACUCUGAGUGACCUUAAACUGGACUACCUGGAUCUGUACCUGGUUCACUGGCCGAUGGGCCUCAAGGCUGGAACAGAGCUCUUGCCUCUGGACAGUGAAGGGUUAACGGUGUCAGAUGACACCAGCUACCUGGACACCUGGGAGGGGAUGGAGGAGCUGGUGGAUGCAGGGAUGGUCAAAGCCAUCGGAAUCUCCAACUUCAACCACGAGCAGAUCGAGUCCUUACUGAACAAGCCAGGCCUCAAAUACAAACCUGCCAACAACCAGAUUGAGUGCCACCCUUACCUGACCCAGGAGAAGCUAAUCAGCUACUGUCAGUCCAAGGGAAUCUCUGUGACUGCAUACAGCCCCCUAGGGUCUCCAGACAGACCGUGGGCCAAAGAGGGUGAGCCAUCUCUCCUAGAUGAUCCCAACAUCAAGGUCAUUGCUGAGAAGUAUGGAAAAACUACAGCACAGGUGCUGAUCCGCUUCCACAUGCAGCGGAACACGAUCGUCAUUCCCAAAUCCAUCACACCUGAGCGCAUCCGGGAGAACUUCCAGGUCUUCGACUUCGAGCUGAGCAAGGAGGACAUGGAGACCAUCAUGGGAUUCAACAGAAACUUUAGAGUCUGCCCAAUGAGCUGGGCAGUGAAGCAUAAGGAUUAUCCCUUCCAUGCCGAGUUCUGAGUCACAACACAGGAAGCGGGCUAUGACCAA